CCGUUGCUAGGGUGGUUGCUGGGGCCGCGCGCUGCGCAGGCGCGGAGCGAAGGUAACGGUCGGGUACGCCGGCGGGCUGAGCUAGACUGAAGUGGCCGCUGGCGGUGCUGUGAUGAGAAUUUGGUCCGGUUACUUUUGUGAGCUCUGUUCAGUUUUGCGCGUGCCUUAUAGUAAUUACAAAAGCCACCUGAAACGAAACAUUGUAGGUGGGUAAAUUGUGAAGCUAAUUCUGGUGCCCCAGCCCCAAAGAAGCCCAAAGGGAAGGAGCGCGUGUCUGCAGGUGUAAGAGUUAGAGUCAAAUACUGAAUGGUGAGCUGUGGUUUUAGCAAGCGGGGCCUAAAGGACAGGACCCUGCUCUGGCAAGUGUAAUCCAUAAGAUACAACGUGAAUACUUUAACAAAUGGAUUAUUGGCCCAGAGAAAUCAGUUGGCCAGAUAAUGAAGCGUGGACAUACACUCUGAAAAAAAUAAAAGAAGAUAGUUCCUUUACUUCAGUUUAUACUCAGCUAUGGAAUGACGUCCCCCGGAUAUUUGAGGCGAUCAUAAUCAUGGAGUCAAGAUUAAAGGAAUGCUCGCUUCUUCUGCAAGACCAUGCCUCCAUAUUGUUUGAGCUGACCAGCAUGAUUUCCAAGACAAGUUCUUAUGAAAAAUUGCAACGAUACAAGGCAUUUCCAAAGAAAUACCAGAAACAAAAGAAGAUAAUGCUUUCUGAUGAGAUGGAGACGGAGAAGAAUAUAGAGGGUUACAACUUCUCAGGAUUCAACACAAGUGCAGUUACUGAGUUACCUAGACAUUUGGAUGCAAAACGAAUUUAUCUUUUUAUUUUAAAAGCUCAUAACUUUGAUGAAAGAGUUUUUAGAAUUUGGAAGACUCAUUUCCUCUCUGAAGCCUCCAUUGCUCUUUUACGUGACUGCUUUUGGUGGUGGUUUCUCUACAAGUUUAAGCCUGACAGAAAAGAUCAAGACUGCCUGUUUGAUAGAAUUGCAGAAAGUUACGUGACACUUUUCAUGAGCAUACCACUCAGUCGAAAAGAUGCAUUCUUUCAGGUGUAUCCUGAUUGUUUGACACAAGCUAUCUAUGCAACGUUCCUGGAAGCAUUUCCAGAAUCCAGUAAACUCUUUAAUGAUCAAUUUAAAGAAGAUCUGGGAAAUAACAUUUUUCUUUGGAUGUCAGGCCUAAAACCUCAGAAAGGCUUCUGGGCCCAUUGGAAAUUGAAAGAGCUCUCUUCAACCACCAUGCAUGGCAGCAAGAAGGUGCGUGCAAAGUCAGUACAGGAGGCGAUAGAAAACAGUCAAGAGCGCAUAGCAGCCACUAUUGACUUCAGUAUGACAAAAAUUUUAAAGAGCCCAAGAGCAUACGCAAUGUCCACAUUUAAGGAAGACUCAAGCUUGCCGACAGUAACGGCAAAGUCCCACUAUAGUAGCAUUGGUCCUGAGUUUUACCCUGUUCUCUUCAGUUUUGGAGGUCAGAGUCCGCUGAUUUUAUAUUAUUUUAAGAUGCAUGAACUAGAGGGUAUUUCCAAGAUCUCUAAGCAAAAGAAGAUCAAACUCACUGAAAUACUCCGAGAGCCAGCGCCUGGUCCCACUUACUGUGAUGUUAUAAAGGAGGCAAAACGACAGUUCGCAAGCAACCAGAGGGAUUUUCAGAUAGAAACACAAAGAAUUAAUGAAGAAAUAAAAUUCUUAAGACAGCAACAGGAACGACUUAACAAGGAGGUUCAUAGACUCCAGGAAAAGGCCACCAAGAAACCUUUCGGAGUUGAGAAUGACUUUGAGAAGUUCCUGCAUAAACUGUCUGAGAUGCGAAUGAGUAGAAAAUUACAGGUGUCUGCAGUUGUGUUUUACUUCUCACCAAUAACUCAGCAGAGCAUGCUGAGGCUCAAAUGCACAGAGAAUUUGUAACAGCAGCAGCAGCAGCAACCACAGAGGAUCACAAGC